AUGCCGCACCACGCCGCGGAGGCCGUGGUGGCCGCCCAGGCGUGGAUGCAGGGCGCGCGGCCCUCUCCGUCGAAUGAGGCGCGGCAGCUUAUGCCCAAUCGCGCUGCCAUGCUCGCGAACCUAGUGGGCGGCCCCGGCAUCUUUGUCGAUCCGCUCAAGAAACCGCCGCCGCGCCCGGUUGGCUGCGAGGGUCGGCUGCUGCGCUCGCCCGUCCUGAGUUCGGCGCCCGUGGACAAUCUCGCCUACUUCCAUCGCACCAAGCUCUUCAAGAUGGCCAACCUGACCCAGGUCACCCACUUGGCGCGCCGCGCCCAUGUGCCGCUUGCAUACCAGCGCGCGCGCACGUGCGCCGUCGUCGGCUCGUCGUCGAAGCUGCUCGACGCGGCGGAGGGGUCGCUGAUCGACGCGAGCGAGCUCGUCUUUCGCAUGAAUCACGCGCCGGUCCUGCCCGAGCUGCGCGCCUACAUCGGCUCGCGCACGGACGUACAUGUCGACCCGAUUCAGCUCCAUGGCGCGUUCGGCUCCAUCAACGCAAGCGACGCCACCUCGUCGCAGAUCUACACGUGCACGUCCAACCACGACUACCCCGGCUGCCUCACCUUCUCGCCCAAGCUGAGCUCCGUCAGCGGGCCCCACGACCGGCGCACGUGCAAGCACUGCGGCGCGCGCGUGCUAGCCGGCGUGUCGGAGCGGUGGGACCGUACCUUCCCUGGGCUAGACCAGUAUGCGCGCGCGCUGAUGGACUCGACCAAGAUGCCCAAGGGCCGCUUCAUCCGGCCGACGACCGGCUUCGUCGCGCUGCUGCUCGCGCUACACGUGUGCGACGAGGCGCGCCUCUUCGGCUUCGGCAUGAGUGCGCGCACGCACUGCUCGCAGUACAAGUUUGCGCAGCUCGACGAGGCGGGGCGGCCUUUUUUCGACAUGUCGCGGAGCGACAGGGUGCACAACUACAACGCGGAGCAGCAGUGGAUCGCCACCGCCACGCGCAACUACACGCGCACGACGCUCACGUGCCGCGACCUGCCGCUCGUGUACGAGCCGGGCGACGCGGCGGCAGUGGUGGCCGCUCCCGCGCUGAGCGCCGGCCCAGCCGACGGCCCAAGUGCAGUGACGGCGGUGGCAGCGGCGCCGCCGCCGCUCGGUCCCAGUUAG